AUGUUGAAAACGGAUGUUAACUUUGAUCAAGUCGAAGCCUCAAGUAAUACUCAAAACGUACAAGAUCAUCAAGGCCAAGUUGGAAUUCCUGAUGAGACGGAUGAGCUUAUAGCUCCGGGUCAAGAUACUGGAGACUUGAAGGGUGGAGACGACGUUGAAGGUGAAGGAAGUGAGAGCGGUAGCGAUGAUGGUGAUACCCAAUCAGAUUCGGCGGAUAUCAAGCCUUUGGAACUCAAGACAAAAGAGUUAGCAAAGUUGGAAAGAAGAAGAGAAGAAGAAAGACUUAGGUUGGAAGAAUCUCGUCGUAAAGGUACUCAACAUGUGGGUCUUAAGGAAGUUGAACAAGGCGUCCCGAUUGAUGGUCUGCUUGAUGCGCCAAUAUCUAGGGAGUAUGGUAUGCGUACCUGCUGUCUUUUGCGACUAGUGCGCAUGGCUUGUAGAUUAUCUUCUUGA